AUGCUCCGCGACGGCGGACUGGAGAACUACGAGCUGAAGGGAGACCUGGACAUUCGCGUGAACGACGCCGACUGCUCCAAGGUCAAGCUGGAGCUCGCGCCCGCCGACUUUGCGGAUGUUCAGUUCAAGCAGCACCCCAAGUUUGUCAAGUUUGGCGCCGGCCCCAAGGUGAUCGCGCUCAAGAACGACUCGCAGGGCUUCCCCGUGAACCAGAACCUCGGCGUGCUCAAGUGGCGGAUGAACACGAAGGACGAGUCCCACGUCCCGCUGACGGUGACGGUGUGGCCGCAGCCGAACGGGGGCCAGUCCGACGUUGCGGUCGAGUACGAGCUGGAGGCGCAGCACCUGACGCUGAAGAAUGUGGUCAUCUCGAUCCCGAUUCCGCCUGGUGCGCUCCCCGUCGUCUCAGACGAGGACGCGCAGUGGACGGCCGACCGCGGCUUCUUCCAGUGGACGAUCGACACGGUCGACGCCGACGCGCCCUCGGGCUCGCUCGAGUUCCGCUGCGACGGAGACGCAGACACCUUCUUCCCCACCAACGUCGGGUUUGCCGCCUCGGGCUCCCUGGCGGGCGUCGACGUCCAGAGCGCCCGCCUUGCUGAUGGAUCCGAGGCGCCCCUCAGCCAGGAAAAGAUCAUCACCGUCGACAAGUACGAGAUUGUCUAA